AGCCCCUUCCACGACCCCAAAACCCUCAUCCCCAGCCCCACCCCUGAGCCCACAUCCCAACUCAGAGCCCCCUCCCACACCCUGAACUACUCAUUUCUGGCCCCACCCCAGGGCCUGCACCCCCAGCCAGAGCCCUCACCCCCUCCUGCACCCCUACUCCUUAUUUUGUGAGCUUUCAUGGCCCGCCAUACAAUUUCCAUACCCCGAUGUAGCCCUUAGGCCAAAAAGUUUGCCCACCCCUGGUCUAGCUCCGAGCAGACAACCGUUCACAUCAGGAACGCUGUCAUUGCAGUGGCCACCCCAGUUGGCAGUCUGUGUGGAGAGGGAAAAGCCUGAAUAGACCAUGGAGAUUGGAUUCCCCUUUCAUCAGUACAGACGCUCCCGCCUGAUCAGCUUGUUGGAGGAAGCUCUCGCAGCUGCCUGCUAGCCACACGACCUGUGCAUAGACCAGGCUUGUCUCUCUCCAGAAUUGUCAGCUGGGCCCCCUUCCCCAGCCCUGAAAUAAACAGGAAAACGACCCAGUUGCAGGGGGUGGAGUACGGAAGCGAUUUCAAGCUCUUGCUGUCACUGAGCCUGAGGUCAAGGGAAAAAUUGGAAAAGUGUCUUGCCAGCACAUGGGAGGUGGUUUGCUGCCCCUCCCACACAACUGCUCGCAUUGCAAUGUCUGGUCUUGUGUUUUCUCAACAGAAUAGCGCAGUCAGAUGGCAAAGGUUGCUAAGUGUGUGAUUCCCUGUGUAUACCAUAGAACAGGGUAAGAUUAGAGAGGAAAUCUGAGGCAGAGAGAGUGAGAGUUUUACGGAGUUUUCCUCAUUCCACCCAUGGAGAGGAAGCAGCAGUCAGAGAAGGCAAAGCCAUCUGGCUGGCUAAAGCCAGUGGCCUUGAGGAAGCUCACAGGCAGAUACUUAGCCCACCAAGAGGGACUGCCACAUCUGCCGGUGCCGCCUCUUCAGCAGACCCUGGAUCGCUACCUGCUGGCUCUGCAGCCCAUCAUCAGCGAGGAGGAAUGGACCCACACCAAGGGGCUAGUGGAUGAGUUCCGGAAACCAGGUGGCGUUGGGGAAAGGCUUCAGAAGGGCCUGGAGAGGAGAGCCAGGAAAACUGAGAACUGGCUCUCUGACUGGUGGCUGAAGACGGCUUACCUCGAAUACCGCCUACCGGUUGUGGUUCACUCCAGCCCUGGCGUGGUUUUACCUAAACAGGAUUUUGUGGAUCAGCAAGGCCAGCUCAGGUUUGCUGCCAAGCUGAUCGAGGGCAUCCUGGAUUUCAAGACCAUGAUUGACAAUGAGACCUUGCCAGUAGAAUACCUGGGUGGGAAACCUCUUUGCAUGAACCAGUACUACCAGAUCUUCUCAUCCUGUCGCAUCCCGGGCUCGAAGCACGACUCCGUUGUGAACUACGCCAAAGGAAAAAAGCCGCCCUCGCACAUCACUGUGGUUCACAACUUCCAGUUCUUUGAGCUGGAUGUUUACAGCAGCGAUGGGAGCCCCCUCACCACUGAUCAGAUCUUCAUUCAGCUGGAGAAGAUCUGGAACACCUCCCUCCAAACAAACAAGGAGCCAAUUGGGAUCCUCACUACCAACCACCGAAACAGCUGGGCCAAGGCCUACAACCACCUCAUCAAAGACAAAACCAACAAGGAGUCAGUGCGUUCAAUCGAGAAGAGCAUUUUCACCGUCUGCCUGGAUUCACCCAUUCCCCGGGUGUCUGACGACAUCUACAAGAGCCGGAUGGCAGCUCAGAUGCUGCACGGUGGAGGCAGUCGCUGGAACAGUGGGAACCGAUGGUUUGACAAAACCCUUCAGUUUAUCGUUGCUGAGGACGGCUCCUGUGGCCUGGUGUAUGAGCACGCUCCCUCGGAGGGCCCGCCCAUCGUUGCCCUUCUGGAUCACAUCGUGGAGUACACGAAGAAACCAGAGCUGGUGAGAUCACCCAUGAUUCCUCUGCCAAUGCCCAAGAAGCUACGGUUUAACAUCACCCCAGAAAUCAAGAAUGACAUAGAGAAGGCGAAGCAGAACCUCAACAUAAUGGUGCAAGAUCUGGACAUCAAGGUGAUGGUCUUUCACCACUUUGGAAAAAACUUCCCCAAAUUGGAGAAGAUAAGUCCAGAUGCGUUUAUUCAGAUGGCCCUGCAGCUGGCUUAUUAUAGGAUGUAUGGCCAGGUCUGUGCUACAUAUGAGAGUGCCUCACUGAGGAUGUUCCGCCUGGGUCGGACAGACACUAUCCGCUCUGCCUCCGUGGACUCUCUGAAGUUUGUGGAGGCAAUGGACAACCCUAGCAAGCAGAACCAGGAGAAGGUGGAACUGCUGAGGAGAGCUGCACAGGCACACAGAGCUUACACAGAUAUGGCAAUAAGGGGGAAUGCAAUAGACCGUCAUCUUCUAGGCAUGAAGCUUCAGGCCAUUGAGGAUCUAGUGAGCAUGCCGGAACUGUUCAUGGAUACAGCCUAUGCCGUUGCCAUGCACUUCAACCUCUCAACCAGCCAGGUCCCAGCAAAGACAGAUUGUGUGAUGUGCUUUGGUCCAGUGGUUCCAGAUGGCUAUGGAGUCUGCUAUAACCCCAUGGAUGACCACAUCAACUUUGCAAUGUCGGCGUACAACAGCUGUGCCGAAACCAAUGCAGCCCGCCUGGCACAUUACCUGGAGAAGGCGCUACUGGACAUGCGUCUCCUCCUCCAAUCCACUCCCAAAUCAAAAUUGUAAAAAAUGAACUUGCUUCACAGCUCCUAAGCUUUAGGAGCUGUCCCAUGUGCACAAGAAGCUCCCAGCUCUCCAAAAACUGGGCAACAGGAGAUGGGCUCCAUUAGGAAUCUAGAAGAGUACAUGGCACACAUCUCUCUGCAGAGAAGUUGAGGAGUGGUAAUCUCCAGCUAUCAGACCACAAAGUGAAAGGAAGCAUUGCCUUAUUCCAAGCUAGAACUGACAGAGAUCUUUCCCACAAUGUGCAAAGUGCACCUUUCUUCCCUUGAAGAGAUACUGGAGCAACAUCUUUUUGAUUGAAUUUACAGUGGAAAGAACACAGAAAGCACAUUCACCCCAUCCUUCACUCUUCAUCCACUAGGUGGAGUAUUCUCCUGGCUGCGUAGGUCUGAGGCCACUUGGAUCUUUCUGCUGUCUCAGGCUUUUUAGGGUUGGAAAUAUCUCUUUUGGGCUAUGCUAUGCUUCCUGAAGUGGUGUCAUCAGUGCCAUUGAACUUUGGGGUGGGGGGAUAAAUGCCGUAAAUCGGAGGAAAUCCAGUCUUGUUAGGAUGCAUUGUGCUGCUUUUCUAGAAGUGUCUUCCUAACAUAACCUUGCUAGGGGACUGGUCUUUGUGCACUUUCUACAGUUAGGAAUGUUCCCUUUCCCAUCCUUCUAACACCUGGGUCUUUCCUUUUUCUGCACUUUCUCCGCUAACUGUGAAACACCAUUGCUACAGUUGGACUCACUUCCCCUACUCUGGCCUUUUUUUGUGUGUUUUAAGCAUAAAGUGAUGGAUUGCUGGGAGGUCUCCAUCUCAGAGCUUCAGGCUCUUCAAGUGGAGCCUCUUUGGCUUUCUUGUGUUGCUUCUACUAAAUUGAUGCAUUUUAAUUGAUUUUUUUAAAAAUGUGCAGGCUCUGCUGGCCUUGACUUUAUGCACUUAAAUAUUCUGUAGUGGGGAGGGAUGAUAUAGACCUUGAUGUUGUUUGCAGAACCUGUUCUCUUCAUUCUGCCCCUUCUCUUUCAAAUGGGGAAAAAAGGAUGGCAACCAUGUUGACCUUUAUUACUUGCAAACUGAAAUAUCAUGCACUGCUUUCUAUGCUGCAUUUAUUUUAGUCUAAGGAGAAGGUGCUUAAGUAACUUAAUGAGCCCUUCUAAUCAAGUUUCCAAAAAUGCCUCCGGACUGCAUCGGUGAUGUAUGUUGGAACUGAAGGAAAAAAAAGGCUGCAGAAUGACGCUUCUCCCCUGCCAAGAUUGUGGUAGUAAAGAAAGCACAGGAGUCUACUCUAGGAUGUAUAGACUAUGUCUGUUCAUUGCCCCCAACAACAUCCUUUUCCAUAGGAAUCUGACAGCACUUCUUCAGCAGAACCUGGUUUCUUCUUGCCUUAGUAUUGUUUAUACCCCUGGUGAUUUAUAAUUUUGCUCUUUCGUGGAAUAUAGUUAUGUCUGUGCUGGUUUGAUUGAACCUUGAGAAAGGAAGGAAUUAUAUAUUUAUAAAUGUGCAAUUUAAAAAAUAUUGUGACACAAGAAGAAAGGAAUAUAAAACCGCCAAUAUCUUUCCUAGGGCUGCAUGUGAAACCAUAGAUCUACUGCCAUUAGAAAAGUGGGUGCGUUGUUUGCUCCCACCGAUGCUAUUCCUGCAGUGGAAUAAUGGUAGUUCUGCAAGCCCAGACGUAUGGGUACUGAACCAAGGAAUAGCUUGCAUUUGUAGUCUGUUUUAUCACAUGAACGCUUGUCCAUAUCACAAAGCCACCCAACCAGUAGGGUCAUUGCUGCUCUUCUGGUGUUGGGCCUCGAGAGCAUUCACAAUCAAGGUGUCUUGGUAGAGGGGUGUGACCAAUUUGAAGUACGUUCAUCCUACUAUUAUUGAAAACCUCUCUUUAUGAGCACUUAGUCACCCCAUCUAAUUUUUUUUUUAUUGAUGCAAACCUGCUCUGUUUUAAAUUCAAAUUCCACCCCCCAACUAAAUAAUAAGGGGAAAGUUUUACUGAAACUCACCUGUACAGCUAAUGAUUGUCCAAACCUCCAUUAAAAAAAUUAAGUUUAAAAAAUAUUAUAAAUGGAAUGAGAUGGUUAGAAAGCAAUGGGAGCAUGAAACGCAAAGCUCUGAGCACAAACACACCUGCUCUAGCUAUCUGAUUCUUCCACAAUGAAUGAGACUGAAAGUUACAAGAGGCCACCCAAAAUCUUAAUCACUAUUAAUAUUUAUUAUAUGUAAUGAGUACUUACAUAACCAUUUAAGAGACUGCAACCUUCUGGAAUGAAUUGGAAUGGAUAAGGUCAUGCUGGGAUUUAAAAAACCACUACUUUUUAUGGAGGCUUUUAUUCUGGAAGAGAUUCCUUUACUCAGAGACAAAGUAAACUUUUUUUUCCCUCCCUGUAUGUAAUAAGUCAAUAUAAUGCCUGCUGAUAACUGAGGUUACCCUACUGUGGUCUGUGGCCAGGGGGCCAAAGACCAAGUGCCUUCAACCACGGUAUCGCUACAUAUUGGCAUGUCUUCUUAUUACAAGGCUAAUUUGAGAAACUAAGAAUUCUCUCUUUCCCCCCUUCAAUAAGAGAGACAAUCAUUCAAAGGCGAGUGCCCACUGAAAAGGAUGAGAUGGAAGUGCACUCUGCUAAUAAUGGAAAACACAGGGGAUGGGUCUGAUUUUAUUCUUAAGUCAGAUCUAAAGCAGGAGAUUGCAUUGGCUUCAGUGGCAUUUCUCCAGCUGUGGAGCUGAGGUCUUUAUGUGCCAUACACAGGGAAACAAAAGAUCCAGCUUGUGCAUUCUCUCUUCAGAAUUAACAGGGGAGCUGCUAUAUUACAUUACAACUGUUUACAGGGUUUUCUCUUUUAAAAGUGUUUUUUCUCUUGCUGUGACCGGUUAUUGUGAGUGCCAGAUUUGUUUGUUUACUUUUUAUUAGCUGGUCACUUGCCCAAGAAGUGUCCAUGAUCUUAAAGGCUGUGUAAAAGUUAUGAAGAAACUACUGAUUUACUGAAUAAUUAGGGAAAUAUGUAGAUUUAUAAUGUACAACUAAACUCUUGGAGCUGAGGUGGGGUUGAUGGCACAGCCAGUGAUUUUGCAUGCUCUGCCAGUUAAAUGCAUUAAAUGUUUUUUUGAUAAUGUAAUCGGUGUCCUGCAAGGAUUGGUGAUGUUCUUCCAACAUAAAUAAUGAAAGUAUAAAUGUUGCCAGCAGGGUUGAUUCUAUGCAGAAAAUGCUCUAGGUGUAAGUUUGAUGAUGAUCUUUACCUAAGGAUGUUCAUUGAGAGUCACAGACCAAAUAGGUCACAUAGGAAUUUAUCAUCUUCCAUGGUAAGGGAGAAGAGCAAGAGAUCAGGUACUUAGAAAGCAAGGAUUAGUUCUCUGAGGGCAGUCAUCUAUCUUCCUUGCUCCUUUUCAAUCCACCUAGCUAAAGGCAAGAGGCUAUGUACCGACAAGUUGUCAGCUUCUAGCUGAAGUUUCUCUUAUCUCCUAGGCUGCUCAACUUGGCCAAGAAUGUACAAGGGGCCUUUAUAGGCAUUUAUUGCUAUGUCAAACAAUGUGCAGCUCUCUCAGGGAUGGAAAAAGAAAGCAGACCGAAACCCAGUCUACACUUAAAUCUUACAUCAAUAUAGCUACAGCACACAGGCAUAUGAAAAAUCCACACCAGUGAGAACCGUAGCUGUGGUGACUUAACGCCUUCUAUAGACACAGCUAGAAAAAUGGAAGAAUGUGCCUAUCAAUCAGUCAUUUAGGUGGAGUUCCUAUAGCAAUCAGAAAAAAACCUUCCCUUGCUGUAGUCUGAAUCUAUGCUAGAGUUGCAGCACCAUAGCUAUGGUGCCAUAGCAGCCAUAGUAUAAAUAGCCAGAGAAAGCAGAUGGCAGGAACUGUGCUGGAGAAGUAUACGGCUCUCUCCCUAAUCGCAGGUUGCAGAGCACUGGCUUGAUGGUUCUAUGAAGUUGUAGGGUUUAAUGCACUGUAGACAAACACUGCCAUAGCCACACAGUAUGUUAAUCAUUAGAAAAAAAAGUAAACGUAGUUUUUAAGGUGACUUUUCCACUUCUCUAGGAUGACAGGCUCUCUGGAAGAGCUGAGGGAUGUGUUAAUUAAAUUUGAAGCAAUUUACAUUUUUUGCCUCAUCUUUGGGAAAA